UUGGUCCGCGCGGCGCAGAGCGGAAGUGGGAGUCUGGGGACUCUGCUUAGGUCGCUGCUUGCUGUCAGGUGUCUGACAUUAAUUGCCUCUGGGUCUGGGGAUGCGGCGCCAGGACCCGCUUUCCGAAGCCUGACCCCGCCCCAGUCCCCUGCCCUCCUCCCACUGUCCGAAUGGAGAAGCGUAAGCACGCUUAUAGGAGUUCCAUUAAAAACUAAGUUGCUAAGAAGUUAGAGUCAAGUUUCAUACCAUGGAUCCUUUGGGUGCUCCUUCCCAGUUUGUGGAUAUUGAUACUUUGCCCAGCUGGUUUGAAUGGUAUGAAGCAGAUGAAGUAAUUUCCUCAGAAACAUUAACUGAAAAAUUCCAGGAUGAAGUCAUCAGAUCACCUUUUCCCUUCAGUAAAGAGCUCAGUGGAAAAGUAAUUCUUUGGAAAGGAGAUGUAGCUUUACUAAACUGUACAGCUAUAGUCAACACCAGCAAUGAAAGCCUCACGGAUAAGAAUCCAGUGUCAGAAAGCAUCUUUAUGCUUGCAGGGCCUGACUUAAAAGAAGAACUCCAGAAACUCAAAGGUUGCCGAACAGGGGAAGCAAAGCUUACGAAAGGAUUCAAUCUGGCUGCCCGAUUCAUCAUUCAUACCGUGGGGCCUAAAUACAAGAACCGCUAUCGCACAGCAGCUGAAAGCUCUCUGUAUAGCUGCUACAGAAAUGUACUCCAAUUGGCAACGGAGCAGGCAAUGUCCUCUGUAGGAUUUUGUGUCAUCAAUUCUGCAAAAAGAGGAUAUCCUUUAGAAGAUGCAACCCACAUAGCACUUCGCACAGUGAGAAGAUUCCUAGAAAUUCAUGGGGAGACCAUUGAAAAAGUAGUAUUUGCUGUUUCUGAGCUUGAAGAGGCCACCUACAGAAAGCUACUGCCUUUAUACUUUCCAAGGUCAUUAAAGGAAGAAAGUGAAUCUUUGCCAUACCUUCCUGCAGAUAUUGGCAAUGCUGAAGGGGAACCAGUGGUACCAGAGCGACAGAUCAGAAUAAGUGAAAAGCCAGGUGCUUUGGAUGACAACCUAGAAGAGGAAGAUGAGGGCUUGGGAGCUGAUCUCUCCUUUAUUGGGUCUCAUGCUUUUGCUCGAAUGGAGGGAGAUGUUGAUAAGCAGAGACGACUGAUCCUUCAGGGACAGCUCUCAGAGGCAGCACUACAGAAACAGCAUCAAAGAAAUUAUAAUCGCUGGCUGUGUCAAGCAAGAGCGGAGGAUCUAUCUGAUAUUGCUUCUUUAAAAGCCUUGUACCAAACAGGUGUAGAUAAUUGUGGUCGCACUGUGAUGGUGGUGGUUGGAAGAAACAUUCCUGUAACAUUAAUAGAUAUGGACAAAGCUUUGUUAUAUUUUAUCCAUGUAAUGGAUCACAUUGCUGUCAAAGAAUAUGUCUUAGUAUACUUUCAUACACUUACUAGCGAGUACAAUCACCUGGACUCUGACUUCCUGAAGAAACUCUAUGAUGUUGUUGAUAUCAAAUACAAGAGGAACUUGAAAGCAGUUUACUUUGUCCAUCCAACAUUUCGAUCAAAGGUAUCAACAUGGUUUUUCACCACAUUUUCUGUCUCAGGACUAAAGGACAAAAUCCACCAUGUGGAUAGCCUCCACCAGCUAUUUGCUGCCAUAUCCCCAGAACAGAUUGACUUUCCACCCUUUGUUCUUGAAUAUGAUGCCAGGGAAAAUGGGCCUUACUAUGCAUCUUAUCCCCCAUCACCAGAUCUCUGACCUUCCAUCUUGUAGCACUGCUGGUUUCCAAGGAUCACUCUCCUCUUCAUGGCCUGCUACUUGUCGAAUUGAACUUCAUUUGUGCUGUACAGAAUUCAGAGAAGGUCUUUUGUCCCCACCUCUCUGAUAUUUUUUUAUUGACAUUAUAUUUUCAGGCACAUAAACAAUCUGCAAAUGUUAGGUUACUGUACACUGCAUACCACUGUUUUAAAUUUGUAUAUGUGUAUCUAAUGGAAAUAUUGAUAUUUCAGGAUAAAAGGAAAGAAAGGUUUUAUAUCUGCAUCCCCUGUUGGAAAGCAACUUUCAAAGGUCUUCAAUUUCCUGAAAAGACAUUAGCCUGUUGGACAGUCUGUCAGUCUUGAUCAUAUUGUCACCAUAGUAUUGAAAGCUGCCUGGGGCACUGAGCCAUUUGUAAGAAUGUACAGAACCAUUCAGACUACCCUUAUCAGAUAGAUACCUUGCUUCCAAACCUGUUGUGGUGUUUACUUAAUUAUAUAUAUAUAUAUAUACUUUCCCUAUGACAGAGAAAAAUGGUAUAAAAUUGAGAAUGUCGGAAGUGAUUGGACUGAAAUUCUACUACUUCAUGAAAGGUCAUCAAAAUGUUUAGCAGAAUUGGAGUUGUGUUAAGUGCCAGGCUUGUAUCCCUGAAUUAGAUGAUCUGUGGGGUUGCCAUUGUUUUGCUCUUAACAGUAUGAUAAAAGGAUGUCUUUUUUCACUCUUUUCUGUAAUCAUAAGUGUUUGUGGUCUCUUUUUUAAAGCUCCAGCUGUCUUAGUCCUCUAAGUAAAUAGGAACUACCUAACAGUUCAUCAACAAUUCAAUAAGUUAUCAUGUGAGAAAAAAAAAAACUAAUGUGUUCAUUCCUUUUAGAAUUUUGUGUGUGCAUGUACACACACACACACACACACACACCCUCCUCCUCUAACAAUGGCUUAUUUUCUGUGAAUGUCACUUAUAUGAUCUUGUUUUAGGAACCCUUAUCCAAUGAUUAGACCUCUUGGCAUUGUCUGCUUAUAUAAAAAAGAUGAGAAACAAGGGAUGUAAUUCUUGGUAUCAUUGGUAGUCUUGAUGUUUGUUCAGGCAUUAAGCCUUACCCUGCCUGGUUAUAAAAUGAGUAUCGUUUUACCUACCUUGUGGAGGUUUGAAAAGACAUAGUAUCUAGAAAAGGACUUGAAAAUCUUUGACCUAAAGGUGCUAAGGAAAUGUGAAGUGGGGAUGUCAUGUCUGGUUGUAAAUUAGGAAUGAAGUGUGAGUGAGCACUAUAGGACUUCCCUUAUCUCUGACUCCCUAUACUAUUUCAGCCUUUAAAGAGAAUAUAUAGCCAUCAGUGCAUAAUUCCGGCUCUAGCACCUUCCAUCUCUUUGUCCAGGAUUUUGUUGACCAUUGAUUAUGUCAGUUGGAAAACCUUUCAUGGGGGGAAGGGGAAAGGCAAUUCUUAAAUAAAAGGUUAAUUGUCAUCCACAUAUUCCUAAAGCCCUCCUCAACUUUCUCAGCAAUUACCUUCUCCCCAUCUCCUGACCUCAUGCACACAUGUACCACACAUCAUUUAUGCCUGUUGAAGUGAAGAACAGAUUCAACAUAUUCUUUUUAAAUGUCAACCUACUAAGGAGCCUUAUUCUCUUUCAGUAACAACACUUUUAUGUCCCAUUUAAUUCUGAAGUUCAUAAGGGAUGCAUCUUAUCUUCUAAGUACCAAAAGUAUAAUAAAUUUAGAAGAAAUUAUGGAAUUGAGCAAGUCCUUUCCCCUUUGGUUAUUAAAGAGUUUAGCGAGUGAAUGUGUUUAAGUGAAAGACUGAAGUAUCAAUCACUUAUGAACAUAUGACUUAGUAAAAAUGGUCUUCCUUAUCUUAUCCCAUGUUUGUGAAUAUUGGACGAAAGUUGAAAUCAACACGUUGGCCACCAGUUACAAAUGUAACUUUCACCUUUCUCUGGUGUGGUCAUAUUAUAAUUUUUACCAAAAAUGAUUCCUUUUGCUUUUUCGCAUGGUUGUGCCCACUACAAAAAUUCAAAUAACUGCAACUUUUAAACUAAAAAUUGAAGCACUCUUUUAGUAGAUUGUCAGCACCAACUCUUGUUGGAUAGAAUUAGAAUACCUUUUCCACAAGGGGCUAUGAAAAUAUGCAACCUUUUGUAUAUUACUGGGCUUAACUGCCUUGAAUCAAGAUAUCCUUCCUGUACUUUUUUCUUAUAAGCAGUAGAACAGGCUGCCUGUAGUGAAAAUAUUUGUUGUAUUGUCCUUUGAUUUGAAAAUGUUUUUUAUUGAUGUGUGUGUAUGUAAGUAUGUAUGUAUGAAUAUCUAUAUUUAUAAUUUUAAAAAUUGCAAAUGUGCUUCAGUUACAAGAUGGUAUUCCUUUCAUCCAUCCAGUAAUUUUAAAAGGGUAUUUAUUGCUAACAGUAAUGCUUUUAGUAAGUGCUACACACACAUAAACAUGUGAGUGUGCAUGUGUAUUUGUAUGUAUUGCAUAUAAUAUGCUAUAUAUGUGUAUGGUCUUCUGUUUUCACCUUAAAGAGCAGGAUACUGAGGUAGUACCCAUCAAACGCAUCAUGAGAAUCUGAUAGUUUAGUGGUGACAGUUAAAAUGGAAAUCACUUAUUUCCCAGUGGGACUGGGUGUCAACUAGGACCAGUAUCAUUUGUACAGAAUACAUUUAAUGAAGCUAUUUCAUCUGACUGUACUUUUGGAAAGAACAGAAUGACCUUAAUGGUGACAAAAUGUUCAAGUAGGAUACAGUUGUCAUAUAUUGUUUUCAUAAAGGUCAGAAAACACAUCUAUUUCAGAGGCAAACAUUGUGGGGUAAAGGAAUAGCUACAUCCAGUAGUUCAUUAACAGCUGAGUAAUUCAGAGCAUUACAAUUAGAUUUGGGUCUUUCUGAAUAUCAGUUGAAGCUCUAGACACAGCUUACAAAACUUUAAGUAAAUUAAUUUAUGUAUGGCAUCCUGGGGUUUCAAAAUAGUAAAGAGUUUCUAUCUUCAUAUAUUUGAGUUGCUUUGAAUUUAGUGAUACCAAAGAUUUUUUAUAAGUGAAAUACCAUACUAGAAAAUUCAUUCCUAAAAAAUCUUAGGCACAGUGGUUCAAAUUAAAAAUUGUCUUUCUUCAAACUCCAGUUUUAUUUGAUGAUGUUCUAUUUUUAUUGUUGCCUUUAAAAAAUGUCAUCAGAGGAAAUAACUAUUAUAUUUUGAAAGCAAUCAGUAGGAAUUUGGUACAGAUGUUAGGGGGAAAAAAAGUAAAUUUAUCAUAAAAAUUCUGAUAAGGCUAAAGUUUGCUAAUGGGGAAAAAAAAGGAUCUCUCCCUUACUGGAGAACAACUUUAAUUAUUAUAGUAAAAGAACAUUACCCAUC